CGAAGGGCUCCCCCUAUCUGGCUGAGGUAUGCAUUGAUUGUCCCUCUUUAUUUUCAACUGUCCAGUUUGAAGCAUCGCCAGUUGUUUUGUUUCUUCAGUUCUAAACUAGAGCAACUCGAUUUAAAUUAACGACGAUCUCGAAUACCAUUCUCGGCAGUUCAGUGGUUAUCGAUAAGCCAAACUCGCUAUCGAAUCCCGGCGCCUGCAGCGGACGAGCGCUGCCAACCGACUUAGCGAGCCACUAGAAUUGUCCGAAAUGACGUCCACCGCCGACCGUCCUCAGGGGGCGCGCCCACUGUCGGGCGCCAGUCUGCCCGGCAACGUAGGGUGUAACGAGGAAUUCCCCGACUUUUGUUUACACCACGACCACCACUCGGCCGGCAGCCAGGCGUCCACAUCUUCACCCGCAUCCACGACCCCUACCACCCCGACCACCGCCGAGCGCCCGUUGUCGUAUGCAUUCUCGACAACGUCCGAAAACACAACAUCAUCCCCCGCCUCGUCUACCGCCUCACGAGUCCGUACAGACAGCGGAGCCAGCACCAAUUGCUCCCCCAGCCCGAGAAGCAGACGAGACAAGACCGAGCUGCAAGCCGCCCGCCUCCAGAGAUCGGGGAGCAGCAACCUCGCACUCGCACGCAAGAGCAGCGUAGCCAAGAAGAACCGAUUCCGUUCCGCCACCGGCUCCUCGCCCGCAUCCGCCCUUGCCGCCGUUGAGCCGCCGCAUGAUCAAGGCCUGACGAGGAUGGCGUUUGCGGAACAGCAGAAAUGGAUCACGGUCCAGCAAAAGACCUUUACCAAAUGGAUGAACACUAAAUUGGAGGCUCGAUCGCUCGAAGUAAAAGAUCUCGUGACUGAUUUGAGCGACGGUGUCCUCCUCAUCCACUUGCUAGAAUGCCUAUCCAACGAUACCCUCGGACGCUAUGCGUCCAAGCCGAAACUUCGCGUACAACGAUUCGAAAAUGCAAACACGGCGCUCGACUUCAUCAAGGGCCGCGGUAUCCAAAUGACCAAUAUUGGUGCUGAGGAUGUCGUGGACGGAAACAGAAAGAUCAUUCUUGGCCUGAUAUGGACGCUCAUUCUGCGCUUCACCAUUAGCGACAUCAACGAAGAAGGCAUGACGGCCAAGGAGGGACUGUUGCUGUGGUGUCAAAGAAAGACGGCAUGCUACGAUGAGGUGGACGUCCGCGACUUCAGCGGCAGCUGGAACGACGGACUCGCCUUUUGCGCCCUGUUGGAUAUCCACAGACCAGAUCUGAUCGACUACGACGCACUGGACAAGUCGGACCGCCGCGGCAACAUGCAGAUGGCCUUCGACAUUGCGCACAAGGAGAUUGGCAUUCCCAAGUUGUUGGAUGUCGAGGAUGUGUGCGACGUUGCCAAGCCCGAUGAGAGGUCGCUGAUGACGUACAUCGCCUACUGGUUCCACGCCUUUUCUCAAAUGGAAAAGGUUGAGAAUGCAGGACGUCGUGUAGAAAAGUUUGUAAAUAACAUGGCCGGCGCUUGGGACAUGCAGAGCGCGUACGAAAGGCGGAUGAGGGAGCUACUGAGGCAGAUCAAGGAGCAGAUUGAGAAGUGGCAGCAGGCCACCUUUGAAGGCACAUACGCCGACGCAAAGGCCCAGGCGAACGAGUUUGCGGCGUACAAGCGAGGGAAGAAGAGAGACUGGGUUGCUGAAAAGAGCGAGCUUGCCACUCUGCUAGGCAACAUCAAGACGAAGCUGGGCACAUACAGACUGCGGCCGUAUGACCCUCCACCAGAGUUGUCCCUGGAGACGAUGGAGAAGGACUGGGCCGGCUUGUCACAAACGGAGAUGAAGAGGGCGCAGUUGAUCAACGAGACCAUCAGAGAUAUCAAAAACGCAUUACGCAAAUCGUUCGCCGACAAGGCCAACGACUUCGCCAUGGCGUUGAACACCAUGCAGCUGGCAAUCUCAGGCCUGGACGGCGACGUCGAAGACCAGCUCCACCACGUCCGCAAGCUCAGCGACAACCUGCCGCCGCUGGACAAGUAUCUCGAUACCAUCGCCGCCGUGGACGCCAAGUGCCAGGAGGCCAACAUUGAGGAAAACGACUUCACAAUCUACACGUACGACGAGCUCGUCUACGAGCACAGCCUCGUCAAGUCGUCGGUGCAGAAGAAGCUCGCCUUCCUCGACAACCAAAUGGUCGCCCGCAACAUGACCAACCUCACGCCCAUCCAACUCGAGGAGUUUGAGUCCGUCUUCCGCCACUUUGACCGCGACGACACCAACUCGCUCCAGGAGCUCGAGUUCAGCGCCGCCCUCGCCUCCUUGGGUCUCGUCUUCUCCGAGGACGAGAUGCACGACUACUUCAUGGACACGUCGCACGGCCGCGACCACGUCACGUUUGAGCAGUUUAUCCGCUUCAUGGUCGACGUCACCGAGGACCAGAACACGGCCGAGCAGGUCUUCCAGUCCUUCCGCGAGGUCGCUGACGGGAAGCCCUACGUCACCGAGAUGGACCUCCGCCACUCCCUCGUGCCCGACGAGGUCAUUGACAAGCUCAUUGAGAUUAUCCCGCCGCACAACGGGCCCGAUACAUCUGAGGAUAGGGGCAUGCCGCAGUAUGAUUACAUUGCCUUCAUGGACAAGCUCAUCAGCGACGAGAAGGAGGGCGCCUCGGGUGUGCCCAGCGGCGUCUUGCAGGAGCGCACGAACCGGGCUAGUAUGCUGCCGCCCAAGGAGUCCAAGAUGAAUGGGAACCACUGAGUGGGUACGAGAGGCAGUACAUAUAAAAAGAAGUAAAGUUCAAGUAAACCAAAAAAGAGAACCAUAGGUGGAAAAGGGGGAGGAUGUUGCAGGAAAGUAAAACAGUAAAAAAGGAAAACAACCAAAACACGAGGAAACACCUCCACGGGCAAUGGUCGGGUUCGAUAGGGAGGUGGUUGAAGGGUUCAACGGCAGAACGGGGUGGGCAGGCUUCUUCUUCUCUUCUCUCUCUCAAAAACGCAACCCAACCAGGCAAAUUUCCUUUAUUCCUCUUUUAAAUAUAACGGCAUCCCAUCAAGCAAGCAAGCAGGCAGGCAGGCAGGCAGGCAAGCAGGCAAGGCAUAGCAGAGAAAAUAAAACAAAAUCUUCAAAGAC